AUGGAUGCUAUCAAUCAGUUGCAGAAAUUCAUCCAAAAAGUUGACGAUCCAUCGUUGCAGACAACAUUUCAGAAUCUUCAUCAAGGUUAUGUUACUGAAACUUUGACUCGCUUUCUAAAAGCAAGGGAUUGGGAUCCUUCCAAGGCUUAUCAAAUGUUGAUUGAUUCUUUAAAUUGGAGAGUACAAAAUGAGAUUGACAAUAUAUUAUCGAAACCAAUUAUUCCUGCCGAGUUAUAUAGAGCAAUACGUGAUUCACAACUCAUUGGAGUGUCCGGGUACACAAGAGAGGGUCUUCCUGUCUUUGCGAUUGGUGUUGGGCUAAGCACGUUUGACAAAGCAUCAGUACAUUAUUAUGUGCAGUCUCACAUUCAAAUGAAUGAAUAUCGCGACCGUGUAAUCUUGCCUUCUGCAUCAAAGAAGCAUGGACGGCCUAUUACCACUUGUGUAAAGGUUUUAGACAUGACUGGUCUGAAGCUGUCGGCCCUGAAUCAGAUUAAGUUGUUAACGAUUGUAUCGUCCAUUGAUGAUCAGAACUACCCUGAGAAGACGCAUACUUAUUUCAUUGUAAAUGCACCAUACAUAUUUUCAGCUUGUUGGAAGGUUGUGAAGCCACUUUUGCAAGAGAGGACAAGAAGAAAAGUGCAGGUCUUACCAGGAUGUGGACGAGAUGAGUUGUUAAAUAUCAUGGAUUACGCAUCUCUGCCACAUUUCUGUAGAAAAGAAGGCUCUGGAUCAUCCAGACAUUUAGAAGGUGGAAGCGAAAAUGUCUAUUCUCUGGAUCAUCCCUUCCAUCAACAGCUCUACGACUACGUCAAGCAGCAAGCUAGACUCCGUGAAGCCGUUGCACCAAUCAAACAGGGAUCAUUUCAUGUGGUAUUUCCCGAACCUCAGGAUGUGGAUACACGGAUAGCCAAGACUAUAGAGUCGGAGUUAGAUAGCUUAACCUUGAAUAAUGAGAAGGAACGAUUGAACAAUUUGACUGAGACACGGGUCUAA